CGGUCACAGUGAACAAUGGCGUUCGAGAGGGAGAGAAAGAGGAUCUUAAUGGAAUUGGAGUUGUUGGAUAUCAAAGAAAGUAUAAUUAUCCUGAAACGAAUUCGCAACAGAAGAAGGACGGGGAGAAGGAGGAGAUGGGAUGUGCGCCCGCUGAACCAAUCGAGGCAGAAUACGGGCGAAUAUUCAGUGCUUGUUCGACCUCUGCGAGACAUUAAUGAAGAAAUGCUUUUCGGGAACUUUAGAAUGUCGGCAAGUCGAUUUAACGAUCUGCUUCGUCUUGUGCAGCCGCUGAUAUCUCACCAGAGCACACACUCCAUGCCUGUUGAUGCUGCCCAGAGACUUGCAGUUAGUUUGCAAAUUUUAGCGUCUGGUGGCAGCCAACAGUCUGUUGCAGCGAACUACAAGUUGUCCUCCAGCACUGUGUCUGGUGUACUGUCAGAGGUCUGCAAAGCUUUAUGGACGGUCCUGCAGCCUGAAUUUCUUCCAUGCCCAUCAACUAGCCAGUGGGAAGCUAUUGCUGCAGAAUUUUGGCAAUUGUGGAACUUCCCGAACUGUAUAGGAAGCGUCGACGGGAAGCACAUCAAAAUCAAGGCACCGCGACGCUCCAAGAGUGACUACUUCAAGGGUUGUCGCUCCAUUGUUAUGAUGGCAACAUGUGAUGCAAGGUAUCGCUUCACCAUGUUGGACAUGGGCGGAUAUGGAAGGGAAAGCGACGGGGGCAUUUUCAAGGAGAGCAAAUUUGGUUCGAUGCUGCUUGACCAUGAGCUCAAUCUGCCCGCACCAGCGAAACUCCCUGGAACACAAGUCCAAAUCCCCCAUGUGAUUGUUGGUGAUGCUGCCUUCCCCCUGCACAGCAAUCUCAUGUGCCCCUUCCCAGGGACAAAUCUGAGCAUGGAGAAGCAGAACUUCAAUUACCGUCUUUCCAGAGCCAGACGGGUCAUUGAAAACAGCUUUGGAAUCAUGAUGGCAAGGUGGAGGAUUCUUUCACGGCAUGUAGAGUUCCUGCCAGAGAAGACCGUGGAUGUUGUAAAGGCAUGUGUUGUCCUGCACAACUACCUGGCCUACACUGACGAUCUGAACACACCAGAGACCAAAUACAUACCACCAAGCUUUCCGGACUAUGAUUCAGGUGGAUUAGUGGAGCCUGGGGAGUGGCGAAGCCUGGUAGCAGGGGACUCAAAUCUGAUGGGGCCCAUAGAUCCCUCACAGAUGUCAAGGAGCCGUUCCACCACAGCUGCCCAGGCUGUCCGCAACCAUUUGACUGCCUUCUUUCUGUCACCGCAGGGAAGUGUGGAAUGAAUCUGCAUGUCUUGAAUCAUUAAUCCAUCCAUUGAACCAGACAUCCCCCUCUGUCCACCUUCUUCACCCCUUUUUACGAAGAUGGUACAAUGUCAGUACCAAAGUAUCCUGGGUCUGUUUUGGAUACAACCUGAACAAAUCCAGAACAAUUUCUCCAGGAAGAAGAAAAAUAGACAAACAUACAAAAAACCCUGCAACAUUUAUAACAAUGUGCUCACUUUUAAAGCAGCAACAGCAAGAACAAAAUACAAAAAUAACAUAAUCAACUAAACAAAAAGGAAAAAAAAAUAUUGCACACGAUUCCUUAAAAAAAAAAGAAAACAAGUUUAUUGUAUUUGAUCAUCCAAUUCAUAGUUUGAUGAAACUUUAUAUCGCAACAAGAUUAUAGUUUUUCAGCACAAAGCCUGAUACAAAAUGGUUAACUAUGUCAGCUAAGCAGCAUUCUUUUUAAAUGCAACUUUGUUGUAUUUACAGUUCCUCUCCUUCGUAUUUCUAGGCCCCACUUCUUCACACAGACUUCCCAUCAUCCAGAUAAAUGCCACUAAAUGGAUCCAUUCCUCUUUUCCUCGCUCUUGGUCUUCUAGUUCACAUUUUCGUAAAUCAAAUCGUUUGCUUUGCCAGAGUUUGGCAAAUUAGCGCUGUUCAGCCCUGAUCCUUAGCAGCUUGUUUCAUUUCACUGCAGUUGGCAUAAAUGUCAUCCAUGGUUGUCUAGAAUUAAAGCAAAAAUUUUAAGGUGUUAAUUUUUGUGCAGGCAAAUUUAAUUAGAUUCCUGAGUAUUAAAAUUAACAUAUAGGAGGUAAAACUCUGGUCAACCAACAGAAAGUGGGUCACAUUAACUGAUUGGUAACCAAGAGGCUUGAAACAUGUUAAGCAACUGAAGUAAAACAUCAGACAAAAGAUAAAGUAUGAAAGUCCUGAGAGUCAUGUGUGCUUAUGUGGUCAGAAAAAGGUUAGAGGGAAAUUUGAGAAGAUGAAAGAAGGAUUAUAUCAUAAGGAGGAUGUUACCAGUAUUACUGCUGCUGAUUGAUACUCAAAUUUACUAUGAGAAUUUUCCUUUUUUCUACAUCUUCUAUUAUUUUCAAAAUUAAAAAUGUUAUUAACGUGUGUUGUUUUUGGAGAAAAUAUAGAAUGUUCCACAGUC